AUGUUUUCGUGGGGAAGAGGAAGAGGAAGAGGACGAGGACGAGGACAAUCGAGAGGACGAGGGGGGCGCGCUUCCCAGAUCAGUUCAUCAGCACCUCCACUAGGAGAUGUCAUCGUCACAGUUCAUCACAAUGAACUGGAAACUCCAGCAGAUCAGGAUGAUACCAAAUCUCGAAUCACGAACAGUAAAUAUCUGACAUCCUACAACUGGCUUGGCUGGGAAAGGAAGAUAAGCAUUCCAGGUGAACCACCAAAGUGGACACCUCUGUCCGAAUCCAAUCCUCCCACGCUUCCACAAGACAAGGGUGGAUACUAUCGCGAUCGAAAUGCCGCGCAAUAUCCCACAUACCCUCUGGAGCCAAUGGUGCAAGCAAUACUGACAGACAAACCUGAGUUCCCCGUGACUAGUGUGGACAUCAUUGCGUGCAACAGUACAAUGGGCAAUCUACUACGCUUUGUACUUGGGCACGAUAAGCCCUUCAGGAUGCUUGUUGAAGUACUCGGCAAUACAGUCUUCUUUAUCAGAAGGGAGAACUCGCCCACCGAAAUGAUUCCCGAUAUCUACGGGUAUGGACAUACUUUCCCAGAAGCAUACACCACGUGGGGUGCAAGCGUGGGCGGAUCCGAGUCCCAUCAGCGGGUGAUGCAGUAUGAGUUUGCUGGCAUGCAGUGCUUGAUACGUUUUGAGGCGGAUGGGUUUUUGCCCGACCUGGUCCCGGAUAACGAGGAAACCAAGCAAGAUCCUGUUUCCCCGGGGGACGAUAACUUAGAGGAAGCUUUGUCGUCCAUGGAAAAAGUGAGGAUUAUAUGUCAUCCCCCAGUCACUACAGAAACCGCACCCAAGCAGCUCGAGAUCGCAAGGAGAGGCCGACGUAUCCCACAGUGUGCAAUCUUUGACCUGAAGACUCGAUCUCUCAACAAAAAGAGGCAUAACACCCUCGAGGAAGAAUUGCCCCGGCUGUGGGUUUCGCAGACUCCCAACUUCGUUCUCGCCCAUCACACAUCUGGUCGAUUCAGGCAUAUUCAGGUUCAGGACGUGCGAGACGAUGUAAAGCAGUGGGAGGAGAUCCAGCAACCGGCUUUGGGCAAGUUUGCCAGCCUACUUCAAAUGAUCGUGGCAUUCGCUCGGAGCGCGGAGGACGGGAAACUUGAGAUUGAGCGUGAAGAGGGUGACUACUGCGAUGUCUAUCUGACGCACGACUCGAUGAGCGUGCGCAAGGCGCAUAACUCCGGCCGAAACCACCUGAGAAACGUGGUGGACUACUACCAACAGAUUGGCCAAGAAAAGGCGCAGUCCGUCAUCGACUCCAUCACCUCCUCCUACGCCGCAGAGGGCCAACAAGCCCCCAACAUGAUGCCCCCCGGCGCUUUCCCGCCUCCCUUCGGAUUCCCGGGUACGACCCUCCCAUACACCCCCGAAACCCAACUCAAACCAAAGCUAACACCGCCAGGACACCCAGGCAUGCCAGGCAUGCCCCCUCCCCCCUUCGGAAUCCCUCCACCAGGCGCACCCGGCGCCCCAGGCAUGCUACCUCGUAUGUUCUACCCAGUUCCAACCCCACCCCGCAAGAACAGAAACCACAGACGAGGAUCCAAGCCCUACCCAGGACAAUACCAAGCUAACCAAUAUCCGUUCCACCCAGCCCCAGGAGCCCACGGUCUGCCCUUCCCACCGCCCUUCUCCAACGCCGGAACCCCGCCAACAGGCGGUUUCCCCCUCCCCUCCCCAACAUGCCCCAAGGCGCAAACCUGCCGAUCCCACCCCCAGGAGGCUUCCCCAACUUCCCCAUCCCCCCGCCAGGCGCGGGCUUCCCGCCUAUGCCUAUGCAUGGCCAGCCCGGUAUGGGUCAGCCCGGUAUGGGGCCUGGUGGUCCGUCGCCCAUUCCUACUGGCCCCCGUGGCUUAG